ACUAACAGCUACGUCACUGCUGUUAUCGUUGUAAUCAACAAAAAAACGAAAAUAAACCAAACUAAACGCUUCGCAGACUGAUUAAAAGUUACUUCUCGCUUAGUUUGUAAUCAGCGCCAGUCACUGCCAACAACCAAUGCCACCACUGUGACCUUGUGACCUCGGUCCGAAGCAGGAGCAUUGCUACCAGCGAAAACAAAGCCCCAAAACAAAGGCCACAGCCAGCCGAAGAAAAAAACGGAACGUCAUUGGGAGGCAAUUAACCCGCAGAACCUAAAACGGAGGCGUUGUUCCUAGUCUUCUGGUGUCCUGGUGUCCACGUCCUCGUCCUCCCGGCGGGCGGUAGAUGCUGGUUGGGCUCAGCGAUCAGCUAGCGCGGAUUAUGGAGAGCGUCUUCGAGGCGUAUUUGGGCCCCGAGAGCGCCCUUGCCAGUGCCGUGGGCCAAGCGGUGGGCAGCGGGGAGCCUGAGGACAUCCCGCGUAGGAACACAGAUGUCUGGGUCCUAGGAAGGCGGUACAAUGCCAUACAGGAACUCGAACUUAUCCGAAGGGACAUCCAAUCCCGUUUGUGGUGCACCUACCGACAUGGUUUCUCUCCCCUGGGAGAGGUACAGCUCACCUCGGACAAAGGCUGGGGCUGCAUGCUCCGCUGCGGUCAGAUGGUCCUCGCCCAGGCUCUGAUUGACCUGCAUUUGGGUCGCGAUUGGUUCUGGACGUCGGAUUGCCGUGAUGCCACCUACCUCAAGAUCGUAAAUCGUUUCGAAGACGUAAGAAAUGGCUUCUACUCUAUACACCAGAUAGCCCUUAUGGGAGAAUCCCAAAACAAGGCGGUGGGCGAGUGGCUGGGACCGAAUACAGUGGCCCAAAUUCUCAAAAAACUAGUGCGCUUCGAUGACUGGAGCUCGCUGGCAGUUCAUGUGGCCAUGGAUAGCACAGUAGUCUUGGAUGACGUAUACUCCUCCUGCCGGGAGGGCGAAUCCUGGAAGCCACUGCUCCUCAUCAUCCCACUGAGACUGGGCAUCACAGAUAUAAACCCGCUAUAUGUGCCAGCUCUGAAGCGCUGCCUUGAACUGGACAGCAGUUGUGGCAUGAUUGGCGGUCGCCCCAAUCAGGCUCUGUACUUUCUGGGCUAUGUGGACGACGAGGUCCUCUACCUGGAUCCGCACACCACACAAAGAACAGGAGUGGUGGGCCAGAAGACCGCCGCGGGAGAACAAGAUUACGACGAGACCUACCAUCAAAAGCAUGCUGCUCGCUUGAGCUUCUCCGCCAUGGAUCCCUCGCUGGCGGUUUGUUUCCUUUGCAAGACCAGUGAAAGUUUCGAGUCCUUGCUUACUAAGCUGAGGAACGAGGUCCUCAACCUGUGCUCGCCGGCUCUCUUCGAGAUUAGCCAAACACGGGCUGUGGAUUGGGAUACAACGGAGGACAUCGACUGGCCCACCAUGCCGGACAUCGAUUGGCCCGCGGGCACCUCGGAUUCGGACUCGUUUGCCAUAGUUGAAGAGAGCGGCAGAGACAGCGACGCCGGCUGCAGCGGCAAGAAACCCAGUGAGAGUGCCGCCUUCUGAGAGGCUCGUCGGUGGAGCGCCUGCGUCGCACGACAGCCGACGGAGUCCAACCAGGCGAAAGUGGAGCAGCCGACGAGGAGGAGGAUGAGGAGCAGCGGUGGGCGGGAAGACGAGCCCCCUGUGGAUGCUGCGAAUGCAAUAAACUAAGGCUAAAGUGCAUAAUUAGACGAGUGGUUGAGAUUUAGGUUUUAGUAUGUUUACGAUUUGUACGAAUGCGAUUCUUAGCGAUUCAUAAUGCUGCUUUAUUGUACGCGAUUGACUCCACGGGAGACAAUUUGGCAAAAAACACACACACAGAGUGACACUUACAGACAAAAAACACACUCGCUUUUUGAUGAUCAAUUAAACAUUUUUAUGCAACGUUGUACAUUGAAGACUCGAUGAGAUCGAUCGCCUUAGCCAAGUGUGUAUUUAUAUGUUUGUAUUCAUAAUAUUCAUAUUCGUUUCGUAUAUUCGUCUGUAUAUGCUCAAAAAUGGACCAACAACUAAAUACAUAAUACUUGGACUAUA